AUGAACGUGUUCUUGUUGACGACACUUUUCGUCGGCACCGUCACAGCCGUCGGUAAAGGGGGACAUGGCGGUGGAUUUAACGUUGAUGGUGGUGGUAUAUUUUCCGCUGGAGGAGGCUUUAGAACCGGCGCCAGCUGGGGAGGAAGAUCAGGAACUGGUGGCGCAGGAUCCGGGGGUGGUCAAGGUGGUUCGGGAGGUCAGACUGGAUGGAGCGGCGGAGGCUCAUGGGGUGCCCAAGGUGGUCUAACUGAAGGCUGGACUGGCGGAUCUGGAACUGGUGGCGGUGCUUCCGGUAGUUGGGGAACUGGGGGCGAAUGGAGAACUGGUGGUACAACCGGAAGCGCCGGCGGUUCAGCGGGCGUAAAAAUUAUAAUUACUGGAGCUCCAUCCGGAGGUCCAAGCGGACCCUCUGCUGGCGGCCCGUCCGGAGGAAUCUUCAUCUCUGGAUCUGGUUGCGGUAGCGGCUUCUUCAUCGGAUCUACAGGCGGUUUUGCUCCUUCCGGCCCAAUCGGCGGCCCAGUUUCCGGAGUCCCAUCAGGAGGCGGAUUUUUCUCAGAAUCUGCUUCAAAUGAGGGAUUCAUUAGCGGCGGUUCCGGUCCUUCCGGUCAAGGUCCUUUUGCAGGCGGUCCCUCUGCCGGUGGAUUUACCGGCGGUCUUGCUCCUUCCGGCCUAAUCGGCGGCCCAGUUUCCGGAGGCCCAUCAGGAGGUGGAUUUUUCUCAGGAUCUGCUUCAGGUGGCGGAUUCUUUAGCGGUGGUUCCGGUCCAGGUCCGUUUGCAGGCGGUCCCUCUGUCAGUGAAUCUACAGGCGGCUUUCCUACUUCCGGCCCAAUCGGCGGCCCAGUUUCAUGA